CCCCCCAUAAUGCAAUCGGAAUGCGGAAGUUGUGACUUGGCUAACCUCUGACCCCGCGGCCCCACGACCCGGAAGCGCUGUAGCGCGAGGGAGAGCAGCCGGACCGACCCGAGCUGCCUCGGUCGCCAUGUGCGACAGCCAGGGCCUCCGGGCUUCUGGGUCGGCGGGGGAGCUGGAGCACGUGGGGCUGCUGUCUGCGCACCUGGGCGUGCUGUGCGGCCGCGACGAGUUCAGCGACGUGGUGUUCGUGGUGGAUGGGACGCGCUUCCCCGCGCACCGCGUGCUCCUAGCCGCGCGUUGCCACUACUUCAGGUUCGGGGCCAGCCGAGCCGAAAAAGCACUACUUUACGGCGGCAUGAAGGAGUCUCAGCCCGAGGCGGAGGUGCGCUUGGACGACACCACAGCAGAGGCGUUCGCCGUGCUGCUGCGCUACAUCUACAGCGGCCGCGUUUCGCUGGGUGAGCUGCGGGAGGAGUGCCUGCUGGACCUGCUGAGCCUGGCGCACCGCCUGGGCUUCCCGGAGCUCGAGAACGCGCUGUCAACCUACCUGUGCUCGGUGCUGAGCGUGAGCAAUGUGUGCACCGUGUAUGACGUGGCCAGCCUCUACUCGCUGUCCACGCUGUGCAGCACCUGCGAGGCUUUCGCUGACAAGCAUGCGGCCGGCGUGCUGCAGAGCGACGGCUUCUUCUCACUCUCCAAGGGCGCGCUGCUCAGGAUUUUGUCACGGGACUCAUUUGCGGCGCCAGAGAGAGACAUCUUCAGCGCCGUCGUCGCCUGGUGCGGGCACAACCCUGGGGAGGAUGCCCGCGAGGCCGUCGCUGCUGUGCGGCUGCCGCUCAUGAACCUGUCAGAACUGCUGGACCGCGUGCGGCCCUCGGGCCUGCUCUCGCCAGACGCCAUCCUGGAUGCCAUCAAGGCGCGCUCGCAGGGACGCGACUCAGAGCUCAACUAUCGUGGAGUGCUGCUGGCCGAGGAGAAUGUGGCGACACUGCGGCAUGGGGCCGUGGUGACGCAAGGGGAGCUAAAGGCGGCGCUGCUGGACGGCGACACCACAACGUACGAUCUGGAUCGCGGUUUCUCCCGUCACCCCAUCGAGCCGGACACCUCGCGGGGCGGCGCCAUCACCGUGCGGCUCGGCACACCCGCCAUCCUCAACCACAUCCGUAUGCUCCUCUGGGACCGAGACUCUAGAUCGUACUCCUACUACAUUGAGGUCUCGAUGGACGAGCAGGACUGGGUACGCGUGGUCGACCACUCCCGUCACUUCUGUCGCUCUUGGCAGCUGCUGUACUUCCCGGCGCGCGUGUGCCGGUUCCUAAGGAUUGUGGGUACCCACAACACGGUGAACCGGGUCUUCCACGUGGUGGCAUUUGAGUGCAUGUUUACGAACCGCCCCUUUGUGCUGGAAGGUGGCCUUGUCGUUCCCCAGGAGAAUGUGGCUACGAUCGUGGCCAGUGCCAGCGUAAUCGAGGGGGUCAGCCGCAGCCGCAACGCUCUGCUCAACGGGGACACGCGCCACUACGACUGGGACUGUGGCUACACGUGCCACCAGCUUGGCUCCGGGGCCAUCGUGGUGCAGCUGGCCCAACCCUACAUCAUUGGCUCCAUGCGGCUGCUUCUCUGGGAUUGUGAUGAUCGAAGUUACAGCUUCUACGUGGAGGUAUCGACCGAGCAACAGACCUGGCACCGUGUGGCUGACCGUACCAAGCAGGCGUGCAGGUCAUGGCAAACCAUUACCUUUGACAAGCGUCCAGUGUCAUUCAUCCGUAUUGUGGGCACCCACAACACUGCCAAUGAGGUAUUCCACUGCGUGCACUUUGAGUGCCCUGCAAGCGUCGGUCCCUACGAGGAGGAUGGAGUGGGUGACAACUCGGAACACACUGGUGAAGCGGAAGGGUUGAGGGGUUCUUUAGUGGGGAGGGUGCGGGGAGGCGAGGGCGGGGCGCAGGGCUUGCCCAACGUGUACUCGGCCCAGCCGGCGCUUCCACCGGACACCUCUCCUCCUGGAGGUCCCGCAGCCCCUGCCCAUCCGGCCGCAGAUUUAGGCGUAUUGGCCAGCCCGGUCUUGCCUGGAGCAGCGCAGGUGGAGAGCAGCGGGGGCAGCCGGCCUUCCUCCCCACUGGGGCAUGCCGGGCACCCUGGGCCCCCGGCCUCACCGUCGGGGUCUUCCCAGGCCGGCUCGUCUCACUCGGCACCGUCACGGCGCUGGCGCUACUGAGAAGCUGUCCCUGCCUCGCGGUGCCUCGUGCCGCCUCGUGUCCACGGUUGGGGGACACGUUGGGCACUUUUAGUCGCUCGCGGGUCAAGUCCAAAGGAAGACGAUUAUGAAAUGAAAUAUUGUCUGCAUGCAUUCCUCCUGCAUGGUUUCCCCAUUUGCAUUCGAAUGAAACAGCGUCUCGAAUGGUCACCAGAGAGUACAUAUCAUUCAGUCAGUAUUCUAAUACAGAGAAAGCAUAAUAAUGUUAAUAUAUUUGUUACCCUGAGCAUCGCUACCUGAAUUUUAGGACGCUGGUAAGCGGAUUUGCCUGUCCCUCGAGUUGGCUGCCCACGGCAGGUGUACUUCUCUAGGUUCACAUGCGGCGAUUGCGGUUCCCCAUGAACGUCGUGGAAGUCCACUCCAAAAGUUUGCACAAGUCCUGCUUGUUUUAUGUUCGGAGUUUAAAGCAUAGGCUGAAGGCUGGCCUUUAGAGGUUUGUGUAAACUGUAAAAAAGAAGUGUGAACUAUAAAGGUGUUCUUGUGAAGAAGUAUAAAGAGGUUCAUGUAGAAUAUAAAGUCCUCUCGCUGAGCUCGCCGUGUGGCUAGUCUCGCACGACCUGAUGCUGCCUCUCCCGGCAGUGGUGGUUCUGCUUGUGCAGGAACACCUUGUGUUGCACAGUGUAAGGUGUGCUGUGGACAUGUGUAUACUGUACUGUAGUUUCAUAAAUGUAAUGUCCUCGUCAAAGUUGAUAUUUUACCAUAAUUCCCAUAUCUGUUAAAUGUGAAUAUAUAAAUGAGGACUGCUUUGAA